CUCGUCUCUCUCUCUGCACCGCCUCUUCCAGUUUCUGUGAAAAAUUUGUAGGUUCUUCUUCUUUCAACAUUCGAGGUCGUUACUUUUUUCUAGGGUUUCGUUUGAUUAGAUGGAUUUUGAUCGAGGAUCGACAAUGGAGUCUUCGCAGAGAGAUGAUAAGGUAAAGGGACCGUGGAGCCACGAGGAGGACGAGUUGUUGCAGAGUCUCGUGCAACGAUACGGCCCGCGGAACUGGUCGAUAAUAAGCAGAUCGAUUCCCGGUAGGUCCGGCAAAUCUUGCCGGCUCCGGUGGUGCAAUCAGCUCUCGCCGGAGGUUCAGCACCGCCCGUUCUCAGCCGAGGAGGACGAUAUCAUCGUCCACGCGCACGCCAAGUACGGCAACAAGUGGGCGACGAUCGCGAGGCUGCUCAACGGCCGUACGGACAACGCGAUCAAAAACCACUGGAACUCGACCUUGAAGAGGAAGUGCUCGUCGGCGAUCGAUGACGGCGUGAUGUUGCUCGACGCGGAGCUAUCGAUUCUCCGGCCGCGGAAAAGAUUAGCGAGUGCGCCUCCGGCGUCGUUUUCCGGCCUCUGUUAUAGCUCCAGCAGCCCUUCCGGAUCUGACGCGAGCGAUUCGGCGGCUCCGGUGACGUCUCUCCCUCGCGUGUUUCGGCCUGUGGCGAGAACCGGCGCGAUCUUGCCGCCUUCCACGCAGGUCGAGUCUCCGAGCCAAAAGGACAACAAAAUCAUCGUAAACGACAGCUUCAGCGAGCCGUCGACUCUUCUCACUCUGUCUAUGCCUGGAACUGGAUCCGUCGAGCGCCCAAACCGUGACUCGGAUCCCCACCGAGAGGUCAAAACGACGUCGGCGCAGCAAGAGAAGAAGAAUGCGAUAAGCUUUGGACCGGAGUUCUUAUCUCUGAUGCAGGAGAUGAUAAGGAAGGAAGUGAGGGAUUACAUGGCGGACAUUGAAAAGAACCUCGAGGUUUCGCGCAGUGAAGGCGUGAGAAACGUCGGGGUUAAGCGCAUUGGAAUCACGAAGCUCGAUUGAGAAACGGUCUUGAAACAUUUUGAAGAAAGUUAAUACUAGAGAAUAGGAAAUCCGAAUAGGACUUUUGAUCGGUUAUUAGAAAAAGGUUAAGAUUUCAGAAGAGGCCAGAAGCAAAACUCUCUGUUUUCUUGUUUUUCUGAUUUUCUUUCCCUCCCGGAAAAAAAAAUAAUUUUGAGGCUGUACAUAAAUUAGAGAGGACAGUUAAAAUGUGAGAGAGAGGGAGAGACAGAAAGACAGAAUAUAUGCUCUGGAAAAGUGGAAUUUUUUUGUUUGCUUCUUUUAAUUUUUUGAUGAAAUUGGUAAACUAUAAACACAAUGAGAAAUCGU